CGCCGUCGAGACUCGAUGAUAGGUGCCAAGCUCGCGACGCCAACGCCGUCGGUGCUCCUCCCGCCCUCCCCUCGCCUCCGCGGCCGCCGCCUCUCCCCCACGGCCGCCUCAUGCCUCCCAGACACAGGCACGGGCCCGCCUGUAACCGCGGGCUCGGACCUAGACCGCCCUGUCCCGGCCGGGCAAGAGGCGGCGGCGGUGGCGGGGGCCGUCUCCUCCCCGCCGCGCUCGCGCGCCAGCUCGCAGCUCAGCCGGUGGUCGCGGGCGCGCGCCGUCCGGUCCGGGCGGCGGCUGGAGUGGCCGGCGACACGGGGGAGCGCGACGGUCUCGGUGCCGACCAGUUCGCCGCCGGCGUUCGACCAGGAGACUGCGGCGGCGGAGGAGGAGGACGAUGACGUUUGCGAUGUGUCUGAGGUCGACGGCGAGGCCGCGGCGAACUCGAUCUACAUGGUGUCGGACGGGACGGGGUCGACGCUGGAGCAAUCGGUGAACGCCGUGCUCGGCCAGUUCGAGCACUGCCUCGUCGACCGCCGCUGCGCCACAAGCACCCACCUCUUCUCCGGGGUUGAUGACAUGGACAACCUUCUUAAAAUAGUAAAGCAAGCAGCAAAAGAAGGAGCAUUGCUUCUAUAUACCCUUGCUGAUCCUUCAAUGGCCGAGGCAACCAAGAAGGCUUGUGAUCUAUGGGGUGUUCCAUCCACCGAUGUUCUUCGUCCUACGAUUGAAGCCAUAGCUUCUCAUAUUGGCGUUGCUCCAUCUGGGAUUCCACGAAGCUCUGCUAGCCGAAAGGGUCAACUUUCUGAGGAUUACUUCCGGCGAAUUGAAGCGAUUGAUUUCACCAUCAAACAAGAUGAUGGUGCUCAGCCACAGAACCUUGCCCGUGCACACAUCGUACUUGUUGGUGUUUCACGUACCGGAAAGACACCUUUGUCUAUUUAUCUAGCACAAAAGGGUUACAAAGUGGCAAACGUCCCAAUUGUGAUGGGAAUUGAUCUUCCAAAGGCUCUCUUUGAGAUUGACCAGGAUAAGAUAUUUGGGUUGACGAUAAAUCCUGUGGUUCUUCAGGCAAUCAGAAAGGCAAGAGCAAACACUCUGGGAUUUAAUGGGCAAAAGAGCAAUUAUGCUGAAAUGGAGCACGUGAGGCAGGAGCUGGACCACGCAAAUCAAAUAUUUGUUCAGCACCCAACAUGGCCAGUCAUUCAGGUCACUGGAAAAGCUAUAGAGGAAACAGCUGCUGUCAUUGUUAGGAUAUACCAUGACAGGAAGCAGAAAUGCUCCAUGCCACGCAUAUCAAAACGGGUGGCUCCAAUUCGAGUAUACGAUUACCGGUUAGAGAUGGUUAACACUCCUGUUGAGGCUCAAAAGGUAUUGGUUAGGGAAUUUUAAAGCUAUUCACCAGCAGUGGAGCGAAUCGGAAAUCUAGAACCUACUAUCUGACAUGGAACUCCCUGAUUAGAUUAGAGUCAUUCCCUCAAAAAAAGAAGCGAGUCAUUUUGCAUACAAGGCGGAGAUUGUUGGUUGUUCAUUGGUUUAGUCUAGUUUUUGUUUUAAGUUUAUAUAUACUCAUGUACAACCUCUUGUAGAAAUAAUCCAGCCAAAGACAAUCAUUACAUGUACAUCAGUGUAUAUUUUGGUA